GGUGAAUCCAUAAACAUGUGGACAUCUAUCCUGUGUCUUCUUCUGGCUGGUGCAGUAUCCUCAGCACCACUUUCACCGUUUUUCAAUUAUCUCCCUCAUUAUGGCAGCCCGAAGCAGGGAAUACCAUCACAGCCACAUCCUGGUCUGACUGCUCCAAUCAGCAUGGAAAUCAUUUUCCCACCGAGAUUCCCUACUAAUCCAGCAGGGGGAGCAGCUGGCACAUCGUCAUUCCCAGCACAAGGGUUCAUCAAGUACUCUCUCCCAAAGGCUCCCGGCAGAAAAAGCGUGGAAAUCUUUUACCCCUAUGACUUCAGUCAGCGCCAGGAACAACCAAAUAUUCCCCUGAUACCUCAACUUCCAAAUAUCUUCCCCUUCGACUUUAUGCCACAGACAAUUCCUCAACAGCCACCCGUGAACCCACCAUUCCAGGAUGGUCCUCCACAAGCCCAAGAUCCUCAGCAGCAAGCCCAGCCGGAGCAGCAGGCUCAGACAGGACAGGUGUCUAACAAGCCAUGAAGGCCGGCACAUCUUUGAAGCUGAGUGAGAGAAAAACGUCAAACAACAAGAGUGUGGAACUUUUUUUCCCCUAAUGCUAUUUAGAAUUAGUAAAUACUUUUUUCUGAAAUAAUAAUUUAAAAUGAGCUGAUUUUUUGAACAUGGAGAUGAUCUACACAUAUAUAUAAGAAACAUUUUUUAAGUUCUGUAAUUGCAUGGAAUACAGAUAGAAAUGUGCUGUUUUGGUCUUAUUCUGAUGUGAGAAAAUUAUACCUUAAUUGAAUAUGAAAGCAAAUGUCAGUUCUGAAUAUUUUCUCAUGUAGACUUUUGUGAGUAGUGUUUCAGUAAUAAAGUUGAUUAAAGAACAACA